AAAAAACACGAAAACUAAAUAUUAGUAAGUGAGAAAAUACAGAAUGGUGGAGUUUGAUGCAACGGAUGAUGCCAAUGCUGAGCUUUUAAAUAAGCUAAAACAUCUUGAUGUGAGAGUGGAGACAGUUGAAACUAACAAGGGCAUUUGUAAGAAAAGUUUUUGGAAAUCGCUGAAAUUAAGGGCAGCAUUAAAUCAUAUCGGUUUAUUAGUGGGAUUAUCAGUGUAUUGUGGAGUUGGUGGUAUGAUAUUUCGCCAGCUGGAGAGACCGGCCGAAGUGGAACGUUUACAAGAAUUGAAAACAAUUGUGAAAACACAAAGAGAAAGAUUUAUUCAUGUGAUAUUAAAUAAUACGGAUGUUAACAAUUUGGAUGAAUUAUUUAAAUUUGAAUUAGCUAAAUAUGAAGCGGCCGUACAAGAAGCCGCCGAGGGUGGUUUAUUAAUCGAAGCAGAAAAAGAUUUUCCCGAACCUUACGAACGAUGGAGUAUUUUACAAGCGGUAUUCUUUUCAUCCACCGUCUUAACCACCAUUGGCUAUGGCAAUAUUGUGCCGGUGACGAUAGCAGGUAGAGCAUUUUGUAUAUGCUUCGCAUUAAUAGGCAUUCCCUUUACGCUAACAGUUAUAGCGGAUUGGGGCCGUUUAUUUGCGACAGCCGUAUCAGUGCUAGGCAAACAUAUGCCAAAAACACCAAAAUUCACAAAUUUUAUUGGCAAAACGUGGUUCUAUGCCUUGUCGGCAGUAUUAUUUCUUUGCGUUUAUUUAGCUAUAGGUGCGGGUUUGCUGCUGCUCUGGGAAGAUGAUUGGACAUUUUUUGAUGGUUUCUAUUUUUGUUUUAUAACCAUGACAACAAUUGGUUUUGGUGAUUUAGUACCAAAAAAACCAAAUUAUAUGCUUUUAUGUACUUUAUAUAUUCUAAUUGGUUUGGCUUUAACAUCCACUAUAAUUGAGUUGGUAAGACGUCAAUAUGCCACCAGUUGGGCCAAAUUACAAGAACUUUCUGGUCCUAUGGCGGAAACUUUGAGACGUUUAGGCGAGACUGCUGGCACUGGCCUCGAUUAUGCAACUCUACAAAAAGUGUUAACGGUUUCCAUGCCAAAGUGGAAUAUGUCACGUAAAGAUCCAAAUAAUGCGGAUAUAGCUGCCUUAGAAGCCAUUACAAAUGCCAUAUUGAAAGAGGUUAAAGAAGCUCAAAACAAUAAACCAAAAGUUUUGCAAAUUGUUAUUUACGAGUCUUCGGUGUAGUUUAUACAAAUAAUUAAAUUAAUUUUAGGCUAAACAUACGUACAUGGAUAAAAUUAAACAAAAUAAAUUUAAAUUAAAUUCAAACAUUCAUAUAGAUAUUAUAAAAUAGCUAGUUACAUUUUUAUUUAAUUAAAAAAAUAUUUCAAUUUAACGCACAUUUAGUGUUCA